AUGUCUCGCUCGAACCCCCCGAAUGCGGGAGGCUCCCGUAAGAUCUCCUUUAAUGUCAGUGAGCAAUACGACAUUCAAGACGUCGUGGGCGAAGGUGCAUAUGGAGUUGUUUGUUCCGCAGUGCACAAACCGUCUGGGCAGAAAGUUGCCAUCAAGAAGAUCACACCGUUCGACCACUCUAUGUUUUGUCUCCGAACCUUGCGAGAAAUGAAGCUGUUGCGCUAUUUCAACCACGAAAACAUCAUCUCUAUCCUUGACAUCCAGAAACCCCGUGGCUAUGACACAUUCAAUGAGGUUUAUCUCAUUCAGGAAUUGAUGGAGACCGACAUGCACAGGGUCAUACGCACACAGGAUCUCUCAGACGACCACUGCCAAUAUUUCAUCUACCAGACCUUACGCGCGUUAAAAGCCAUGCAUUCAGCAAACGUCUUACAUCGAGAUUUGAAGCCAUCCAACCUCCUCCUGAACGCAAACUGUGACCUUAAAGUCUGUGAUUUUGGUCUCGCUCGAUCGGCUGCGUCUCAAGAAGAUAAUUCCGGUUUCAUGACCGAAUAUGUUGCCACACGAUGGUACCGUGCCCCAGAGAUUAUGUUGACGUUCAAAGAAUAUACCAAGGCUAUCGACGUCUGGUCUGUGGGCUGCAUUUUGGCCGAGAUGCUCAGUGGGAAACCAUUGUUCCCGGGUAAAGAUUACCACCACCAGUUGACGCUGAUUCUCGAUGUUCUUGGCACACCAACCAUGGAGGACUACUAUGGCAUCAAGUCGCGACGUGCUAGAGAAUAUAUUCGCUCUUUGCCAUUCAAAAAGAAGGUGCCAUUCAGGACUCUCUUUCCAAAAACCUCCGACUUGGCACUAGACUUGCUUGAGAAACUACUGGCUUUUAAUCCCGUCAAACGCAUUACUGUUGAGGAGGCUCUAAAGCAUCCCUAUCUGGAACCAUAUCACGACCCAGAAGACGAGCCGACCGCGCCUCCAAUCCCCGAGGAAUUUUUCGACUUUGACAAGCACAAGGAUACUCUAAGCAAAGAACAGCUGAAGCAACUCAUUUAUCAAGAAAUCAUGAGGUAA